AUGGACAAUGGAAGUGUUGACGACGGAUUGAUAUCCGUGGACAUCUCCAGAGACUUUUUAGUGGACUCUGUGACCAACAUGACUGAUGUUCCUGUGCCUCCAGAUUUACUUAUCCAGUCCUCAAAUGGCAGUGCUGAAAGUGAGGAUGAGUCCACCAAACUGACCCUGGCAUAUGAGACACUUUACGAAAUACCAAAGACCAUAGUGGAAAGAUUUUCAGACCAUAUUCGAUAUUUGGACAUCAGCCAUAAUAAAAUUACUAACUUGGAUCCGCUAGUGUACUUCAAGCAGCUCACUUCUCUGAUUGCAGACAAAAAUCCUAUCACAGAAAAUUGUUUUCUACCACCUUUGCCACAACUAAAGCUGUUAUGGUUAAAUAAUUGCAAAGUGGCCUCUCUCUACCCAUGGGUCGGUAAGCUGAAGGAGUCCUGUCCAAAUCUACAACAUCUAUGUUUAAUGGGCAAUCCUGCAGCUCCGAGUUACCUUAACGGCGGCACUUUUUAUGAAUAUCUUCAGUAUAGACUCUUCGUAGUAUCCCAAUUCCCGUCACUCCACCACCUAGACGAUCGUAAGGUUACAGAAGACCAACGAUCAGAGGCCCAGCGUCUCUACAAACGGCCAUUUUUCGAGAGACUGGUCAAGCCUGGUCCCGGCGGCCUCUCCCAACUCGUACAUACAUCUGUAACGUGGAAUAGUGUACAUAAUAAGGUAACAUCCAUGCUUGGAAGGGAAAAGAGAGAUAAUAGAAAUCUGUUGAUAUGAUUUGUGAGAAUUGUAAAAGGUAUGUCAUUAAUAUAAUAUGUUGAAGUUUCAAAUAUUUCCUUCAAUGAAAAUGAAAGACGUGACCCUGAAGAUCUAUAACAUUAAUGGCUCAACUGCACUCUAUUCGCGUAAGAACUAGUUAACGUUAAUAUUGUUUUUCAGGUUGAAUGCUGCCACUUGUAACACACUGUUUCCACUUAUUAUCUGUCGAACUUUUAGUAAUUAUUUUGUAGAAACAGUGUUUUUGCAAAACAGUGUUUGCACUGACACGUUUGAGUGAUAAUUAGCAGAAACAAUGAUUUAAAAGGGCAGUAUUGUACAUUUCUUGUCAGAUAUCCUAUUCGUUUAUAGUUUGUCUUUUUUAAGAUGGAGUAAAAUGACAGUUCAUUGCGUAAAAGUUUUUUCCCGCUUGCAAGGAGCUAGUGAUUGCAGUCGAUAAAUAUUACAUCGACUAUCGACUGAUGUCGGUUAUGCUUACGCAACAAAUAAUCGAACUUGUUUCAUUUGAAUCACCAUCGGUACAUUAUUCGUGCAACUGCUAGGCCUGGUUCAUUUGAAUUGUGAAUUUUUGAAAAUUCAUACUACAUACAC